AUGGGCAGAUUCAAGGGCCGAAGCACAGUAGCAUGCACAGUUUGCCACUCUCAGAAACUGAAGUGCGACGGCGCUCAUCCAUGUGGACGAUGCGCUCGUCGCCAGCGAGACUGCGUUUACCCCGUGAAGACUACAUACGUGACCGUACCAGAAGCCUACCUACGGGAUCUUGAGAGAACAGCUGCAGGCUCUCGGCCAUUGUCAUCCUUGACUCCCAGCUUCACGAAUGAUGUACCCGAGUAUUCAGGACAGUCACAGAGCCCUUCGAAUCCAGGUACCUCGACUAGCAGCAGAGUCGCAGCUCGGGCUGUUAUAUCACAUGACUGCAGUGCAGAACGGUUUGUCUAUGACCUCCGGCAGAUGGCGCUGCCUGAGAGUCCCGAUGGGCUUCAACAGCAAGGCGGAUACUCAUAUGCGGUACUUAAAUCCGACUUGAUAGAGCCGAGGAUAUUGAUAAAGCUUCCAUCAGCGCCGCUGGCUAUGAAGUUACUUGACACCUUCGAGGACAUCUUUUGCGACCACCAUUGGUUUCUCCGAAGAGACUUUAGGAAACGGGUUCAGCUACUAUUCUCAGAUCCCAAGACCCAGUCACAAGACAGAAGCUGGCUUUCGAGGGCAUCUCUUGUCUUUGCCUUGGCUACAACUUUCAUGUAUGGAUCGCAAAAUUCUGGUGAAGUUGCGACUGAACAGUAUGAAACUCCGACACCUCCCGGAUCAGACUUGUUUGAACAAGCUGUAGCUUUAUUAAAUGUUUCAUCAGAGGAGCCUACAACAGAAGAUGUCGAGGCAUUGAAUCUCAUGGCUUUCUACUGCUAUUCCUUGAAUCGUCGGAGGAUGGCCUACAAAUACGCGACGCAGAGCUUAGCAGUAGCCAAGCUCUUGUUUCUUGACAGGACUCCACGCUCAUCGGCCUCUGGGCAAGAUGUCAUACUCGAACAUCGAAAGCGCCUAUGGUGGACAUCCUUUUGCAUGGAGAGAAUGGUCGUGGCAGAGCUAGGACUGGCCCCAGCGCACGCAGCGAAUAAUUUCGAUGCUGGGCUGCCAUCUUCACGAGACAUACCCGAAUCAGAAAUGGAUCAAUUUUUCGAUCCGAGCGUCCAGACACUGCAGACACAAAUAUGCGAGAUCAAGUGCCAGAUAAUGGAAUCUGUCGGUCACUUACGUCGGGUCUCGGAUCUGGAGACUAUGUUGUUCGAGCUAUGGCCGUGCUUCGAUACGCUACGGUCUUGGAAGGAAAAGGUACCUUCAUACAUCUCAUUUGACUUCAAAAAUGGUGUGCCGGAGGAAAUGAGCCAGCGAUCAUGCGCUCGUGGACUUGCAUCCCUAUACUUGAGAUAUCACCAGUGCUUUACGGUGCUACUUCGACCUUUCUUCUCUAAGAAGCUGUCUCUCAGGUUGCAGGGAGUUGGUUCUGACCACCUUGAAUCAAGGUUAAAUGUAACAAUGCGCCAGCGAAUUGAGGUACUCACCAAGGAAGGUCACGAUGCAGCAAGGAACAAUUGCAAGAUACUAAUAGACCUCUUUAAUCGCGGUAAACAUGCGCGAUUCGGUUAUUGGGACUCAGUGCACGCUUUCAGUAGCCUCUCUAUCAUCUCUAUUGCAAAGGCCGUCGCUCCCGAGCUUACUGAAACCUCCGAGCUUAAUGACGAGCAUCUCUAUACUCAGUGCGGCCUCAUUUUAAAGGAAAUGGCUGAAGCGGGUAACCCGGCUGCCCGAGAUCACAAUGCCUUACUAGCCGACUUAGACAGCAUUGUUCAAAUGCUCACAGCCAAUGAAGAUGCCGGACCGGUAGAAAGACCAACAGAAUUUGAGGUUCCAUCAUUGGAGUUCUGCGAGAGCCUAUGGUCUGAUGUUGAUUGGUUGGAAUUUUUAAAUAAUUGCUCUCAGUGGGCAUAA